AUGGAAAAGAUCGAUAUUGUCUCCUUGUCCUCGGCGUCAGAUUCCGGCAGUAGUGGGCCAGAAAGCGGGAGCGAGAAUGGGCAAGAAUCUGACUCCCUCGACAGUGAUGCGCCACGGAAAAGGCGCAAGGCUAUUCUGGAUGUCGAAGUAGACCCCGUGGACGAUGAGCCCUACCAGGCGCCCAUUGUAUCUUCCAUAACUGGGGCAACUUCCAGGAUAAAAAAGAAGGUAGCAAACACCAAUCCUCCAAAGGCCGAGCCAGAUGUUGUUUUUCACCCCACAACGACAGCAGUCCCGGUUGACCCAAACACUACGUUCGAGUCACUCCACUUACGGCCAUGGCUAGUGAAUUCAUUGGCCAACAUGGCUAUCAAGCGACCGACCGGCAUUCAGAAACACUGUAUACCAGAGAUCCUCAAAGGACGUGAUUGCAUUGGAGGCAGUCGAACUGGUUCCGGAAAGACGGUGGCUUUUGCAGCUCCGAUAUUGCAGAAACUCGCUGAAGACCCCAGCAGCAUAUUUGCCGUGGUUCUGACUGCCACAAGGGAGCUUGCGUUGCAAAUAUUUGAGCAGUUUAAGGCCAUAUCUGCAGCCCAAACGCUCCGGGCCGUCCUGAUCACGGGCGGAUCUGACAUGCGGCCCCAAGCAAUCGCUCUUGCGGAAAGGCCGCAUUUGAUCAUUGCUACUCCUGGACGAUUGGCAGAUCACAUACGGAACUCAGGGGAAGACACCAUUUGUGGGCUGCGAAGAGUCAAAUUCUUGGUACUUGAUGAAGCCGAUCGACUUCUGGCCUCAGGAGGCCCAGGGAGUAUGUUGCCGGACAUAGCAGAAUGCCUUUCAGUCCUCCCAAAGGACAGGCAAACAUUACUGUUCACUGCCACAAUGACACCCGAAGUACGGCAACUGCAGGAUCGGCCCCGGGAGUCGGGCAAACCACCGGUGUUCGUCUGCGAGGUCGACACACGCGUACUCGCAAUCCCCAACACGCUAAACCAAUGUUAUGUACAGGUGCCUGUAACGCACCGUGAGCACUAUCUACAUACCUUCCUGCUCACAGAGGCGAACAUCGAGAAGUCGGUUAUCAUAUUCUGCAACCGCACCUCAACUGCCGAUUUCCUGCACCAUCUUCUACGACUGCUAGACCAUCGCGUCACCUCGCUGCACUCGAAACUCUCACAAAAAAAUCGCAUCGACAACCUGGGUCGGUUCCGGGCUGCGGCAGCUAGGAUACUAGUGGCGACCGACGUGGCCGCUCGUGGGCUCGAUAUCCCCGAGGUCAGUCUAGUCAUCAACUACGAUGUCCCGAGGAAUCCGGAUGACUAUAUUCAUCGAGUUGGUCGAACGGCCCGAGCUGGCCGCAAGGGCGACGCUGUUACGUUUGUGGGCCAGCGUGAUGUCGAGCUUGUGCAUGCUAUUGAGAAGAGAGUCGGAAGAGAAAUGAUAGCUUGGGGGGAAGAGGGUGUGAAUUUGGAGACUAGGGUCAUUCGGGAUGCCCUGAAGCUGGUAGGAGAGAUGAAGAGAGAGGCCUUGCUGGAGAUUGAGGAGCAUAGGGAAGUUGGUGGCAAGCGAAAGAGGGGAAUGCAGAAGUUGCGUGUACAGUAA